AUGCCUUACUCUAGUGCCCCUGUCCUUGGCGAGAACUGGGCCAGUAUCAGUGAUCCGGUGGAGCGUCGACGGGCUCAAAAUCGGAUCGCCCAACGAGGAUAUCGAAAGCGGUUACGCAAAGAGGAAGAGAGUCUAGCCCAGAAUUCCCAGAAAAGUAGCCGGGCCAAAACUACCAUUGAACCGGCUGCUAGGACGCCUCCUUCACCUUCCGACUCAAGGCUGCCCCAGAAUCAGGCACCACAGCAAGCUGCUGCAUCUACUACUCAACCUGCGUCAAAACAACGACAAUCGGAAUCAUAUCCAUAUCCUAACCCCCAUCAACAACAGCAAACACCCCCCUCGUUGCCAUAUGAUCUGCAUCCGUACACCUCGCAGCUGGACUGUGUUGCCCUUACCGGAAGACCCUGGACUCCAUCACUAGAGGAGGGGCUUGAUCCAGCCAUCUUUGAUAUAAAAACACCUGUCUCGGAUUUGGUUCACUCCAAUUAUCACAAGCUGCCAUCUCAAUGCUUCCAUUCGUCCACCAAGACUGCCCAGUUCUACUCGCCUCCAGCUCCCCCGCUGCUACCAAGGGGGAUCGAGGCCGCACAUGGACACACAGCCUUGCAUCGUGCCGCAAUAUACGGCAACGAGUCCGUGUUAGCGGUGCUACUCCAAGCUGGCGCAGACCCCACCCUCUCCGAUAGCGCAGGCUUGACGCCCCUGCAUCUGGCCGCAUAUCAGGGACACACCGGGAUAGUACAGCUACUGCUUGCUAGCGGGCCUCAGCCUCAUGAUAUAGUCAGUCAGCCCACGCGUACGGGGGAGACGGCGCUCCAUCUGGCUGUGCAGGCCCACCAGCCAGUGAUGGUACGCAUAUUGCUCGAACAUUCGACGAGCUCCGUCAAUAAGCAAGAUUGGUGGGGCCGUACCGCAUUACACAUGGCAUGUGAGUCGAACCAGUAUGAGCUGGUCGAGAUGCUGGUGCAUGCAGGGGCACAGCUCGAUAUUCGCGACUUUGAAGGCCAGACUCUAUUACAUAGCGCUUGUAUGGGCGCCGGUCUAUAA